AUGAGUGCGAACGGUACGCAUCAACAUGCUUUUAUCAUUCCUUUCGAUACUCGCGUGGAGCUUACCCCCGUCACGACCACGUAUUUCAUCCUAAUUCUUGUUACUGGCCUUCCUAGCAACACGACGGUUCUGUUGGCGUACCGGGGCAUACAGAAGGUCAAGAGAACAGAGCUGUUCGGUGUUGUAAUCGUGAGAGCGCUCGCCAUCAGUGACAUUUGCGUUUGCCUCAACGUCUUGAGGCACUUCUUUGAUAUGAAAAAUGACGUUUAUCUCUGCCAGCUGGAAUUCGUCGUGCAAUCUGUACCGUUGACGUUCUCAGUGAACAUCCUCGUCGCCAUUGCGGUGGAGCGAUACUUAGCAAUAUGCCAGCCGUGGUUUAUGAUCCGCAAGAGACACGUCAUUAUUCUUAUAGUGGGAGCUUUGACGAUGUCUACGAUUUUUUCUAUUGUUGGUGCCUUACCGCAUCAAGUGCUAUCCGAAGAUGUUUGCUCCAUAGCUGACGCAAGCAUGCUUGCAAUGACUGUAACGGGAAAUUUCAAUGCUAUCUACGUCGUGAUAAUGUUGCUACUCAUAGUCCUCUACAGCUUAGUGUUCAGGGCAAUUCAUCGGCGGCAGAACAAUAAGGUUGGGACGAGUGUGGGAGCGGCUUCAUUGAAAACGCAAAGUAAGACCAGCGUUACACUAAGGCAGGUCACUGGGGAACACGACGUUCCUGUUGGCGUACCGGGCAUACAGAGUUCAAGAGAACAGAGCCUGCUCGCGUUAUGA